UGCUUUGGUGCGGAAAUUCCCUGCAAGAUCGUCACCCUUGUCUCUUUUUAUAGUUUAGUUUAGGUGAAUUCUGUGUAGGUUAUUUAGGUAUGUUGGAAGAAGGGAGAAAAUCGAAAUUCGGUGCAGAUCUUUCUUCCUUCUCGUUUAGUACCUUACCCUAAUUCAUCAAUCUUUUUCUCAUCAUCAUCUCUAGUAGUAUGCUCCGAAGCUGGAGCUAGGAGUGAAGUUGGGGAUGAUGCUAGAAAAGGGAUGUGAAAGCUGUGGCGACGAUUUGGAGGCAAAACCUUCUGAAAAGAACGAGGAUGAAGAGGGAGACGAUGAGAGUACGCCUAGAACCAGUGUGAGCUCAAGCAACUGUAGUGUCGAGGAGAGUGAAAUGAAGGCGAGCUCCGGUGGAGGUAAGGUACGGCAGUACAUAAGGUCCAAGAUGCCGAGGCUGCGUUGGACGCCGGAGCUUCACCUUUGUUUUGUUCAAGCUGUGGAAAGACUUGGAGGUCAAGAAAAAGCCACACCUAAGCUAGUUCUUCAACUGAUGAACAUAAAAGGACUAAGUAUUGCUCAUGUCAAGAGCCAUUUACAGAUGUACAGGAGUAAGAAGGUCGAUGACCAGGGCCAAGUGAUAACAGACAAAGGAUUCUUUUUGCAAACUUGGGAUCACCGUAUUUACAACCCUUGUCAAGUUCCCAUGCUGCACAGUCUUCUGGAUCAAAGAAUUCGUUCCAACAUCAUCAGAUAUACCGAUCUUCUGAGGAGCAGACAUGGGAACUGGAUUCCUAUCCCCUGCGUGGACGGUGAUGCAAACACGUCUAACAGGGAUUUCUAUAUGGAUGACAUGACUUUCACUGAACAAACUGGGAGGAGAACACAUGAAUACCCUAACGAGUACCAAUUGCUAUAUGAUCGUGAACCCUACAAAACCCAAGCUAAUAUUCCAAGCUAUGUGACCCAAUUGCAAGAAACGGGAAUAGCGAGGUUGAGCUGUUUGGACAAAACGAGCUUAUUCUUACAUUCAAACUGGAAGACGAGUAGUGAAGAAGAGAGAAGCGCAGUGAAAAGGAAGGCAGCCGAUUCUGACCUUGAUUUGGAUCUCUCACUGGAACUGACACCAAGACAGCGAACAAAGUUGGGAAAGGGUUGGGAAGAGGAAGAAACAGACAACAAUCUAAGUCUGUCGUUGCUCUCUCCAACUACAAUGACGGAAAAACUUUCUACAGAUGAAGACACGGCUUCCAAGGUUUUCUGGAUGAAGGGGUGUUAUGAUAGUAGUAAGGUAUCAAGAAAGGCAAGUACCCUGGAUCUGACUUUAUGAAUAAAAUGCAUUCUAGUGAGAUCCUGAAGGUACUUGUCCAUCAAGAGGAUUUUUAAUAUAUGUGUAUACCACUGUCUUAUAACAUCCAGAGACAGAGGUAAUAGCUAACACUUGUUUACUGCCUUGAUUUUAUUUUUAAACCUCACUCUACAAGGAACACCCUACUCCCUAGGUGAUAUUCUCAUCUAGUUUCUGGGUUGGAUUAUCUCGGGUUGCCCAGAGAAUGGAAUAUUGAAUCUACUACUCUUAUGUUUUUCA